AUGGAACAGAGUCAAUACAUUCAAAUGACUAACAUUCAUUCGCAUUCAUUCAUUGUUACCAUAGGGUUGUUGACUAAAAAGCCAACAGAUUUUAUAGAGUUUUCAAAUACCAAGAGAAUACCAAAACCAGUGUUGGUCAGUACAGUGCCAAACUGUGUUCAACCUGGGUCGCCUAUGGUGAUUCGAGGUGAUGGAUUAAAACCCUUUCCUGGCAUGUCACACUUUUUACAUGUCGAGUUGAUUCCCAGUGAGAACAUUGCCAUCAAGGAGCCGAUCCAUGUGCCAUCAUACGACAUCAAUCCAUGUUGCGAUAAAUGCAUAUUUAUUGCUACGCCAGAGGAUUUGGCUCCAGGUACCUACAAUCUUCGUAUUGGCCUUCAAGUUAAAAAGAUGGAUCAUUAUCUACAACACGAUCGUGUAUUUCAAACAUUAAGUGUUGAUCCAUUUGAAGAAAUUAAAAAACAACAAAGCCAACAACAACAAAGUCAACAACAACAUCAACCUCUACAAAAUAUUGAUACCCAAAAUACUAAUAUCGAGUUUAAUCAACAACAACAACAACAACAAUCUCAACCUCAACAACAAAUUGAAUCACAACCACCACAACUACAACCUGAAGAACAACCUAAUAUUACCAAUGAUAAUAAUAAUACUAAAGAAGAUGAUGAAAUGGUUAUUGAUGAACACCAACCAAUGUUGGAAGUUGACGAUUCUUCCAUGGUAGAGACAACAACAUCUACAACCAAUACAACAUUAAGUCAACAACAACAACAAAUGGGUGAGGAAAAUAAUGAUGAUUCACAUUUACAAGUUAUUUGGAGUAAUUGUUUGGUUAUUGUAGUUGAUCCAUUGACAGGAGAUGCAAAGUCUAGACAAUCACAACAAUUAACGGGAAAGAGAUCGCCGCUGGUCUCGAGUACAAAGAGAACUACUAAAAAGUCGAAAUCAUCGGCGUUGGGUACUGGUAGCAGUUCACAACAAAGUGGUGAAGAAGAGGAACUGUAUAAUCAAAUCAUUCAUGGUGAUACAGAGACUGUUAGACAGUUUAUCGAACAGAAAAUAUCUGAAGGAAAGGUAUUUGAUUUUAACAAAAAGGAUAUCGACGGCUUCACAGUAAUGCAUUAUGCGUGCGCAUACAAGUGGAAUGGGUUGGUAGAGUAUUUCAUUGGUUGUGGUGCCGAUCCAAACCCACAAGACUCUGAUGGAUGGACACCUCUUCAUUGGGCAAUCAAAGCUGACAAUAUGGGUGCCAUUCACAUCCUCUUGGAUAAUGCUGCCGAUCAAUCGGUUCCCAACUAUGACAGAAUUUACCCAGUCGAAAUGGCAUAUAAUAGCGGCUACACCCAUAUAGCACAUGUUUUACAUGGAGAGAAUCCAAUAGAUUUAAAUCAACAACAACAAUUACAAAAUAAUAAUAAUAAUAUAGGUAAUAAUAGAAAGACCACUGAAAUAUUUGAUCUUUUAUCAAAUCAACCACCUAUUCAACAACAACAACAAAAUGUAGAUAUUAAUAAUAAUAAUCAAAAUAAUCAAAAUAAUACAAGUACAACAAAUAAUUUUAAUAAUAAUAAUAAUAAUAGUAAUCAACAACAAAUGGUACUGGUUGAUGAUAAAGUAUUGGAACCAUUUAUACCUGUAGAUAUGACAUUGAAACAUGGAAUCAUUGAAAAACAUAACAAUCCAAAGUUUUUAUCAUCGGCCGAGAAAUUGGGAUUGACAUCGGCACAUAGAUCGGCAUUAAUGGAAGCAUUCAAAUCUUUGCGUACACUUAGAUAUAGAUUGUUUUGGAUCAUGUUGAGUAAUCCACUCUUUAAAAACUUUUGUCAAUGGGAUUCGGAAGGCAUCCAUUUCAUCGUUUACAACUCUAGAAACCUGCUCGAUGUCUUGGGGUUGUACUUUGGAUUGCGUGGAUCCAACUCUGCAGUCGACUGGAUGAGUCAUCUUGCACGUCGCAAGAGUCCACUUAAAAAGGAGAUUGCUGCCAGUGGCACCCAGCCAGCCGGUGAUUUGUGGACCAAUUUGAGACCAGAUACAUUCAAUUCUCAAACCAAUCUCGAAAAACUUAAAGAUAUCACAUCGACAGAUAAAAAGGACAAGACUACAGGCACUACUCCCAGAGGAAGAGGUAAAAAGAAUGGUAAUGCUGAUCUCAACACUAGUACAUCGAGUACCGCUUUGGAUGAAUCGAUGGAUUCUAGUUCGAUGGAUAUUUCAACGCCAGGUCCUACACAAGAAAUGAUGGACGUUUUGACAAAAUCAGGUCAACAACAACCUAUACCCAAUAUGUCCAAUACUACUCAAAUGAUGAUUGAUCAAGCAGCAGCUGCACCAGUGGCCACUACAACCUCUGGAGUAGUAUUACCACAACACCAACAAAUCAAACUUGAAGCCAUUCAACAACAUAUUCAACAACAAAUUCACCAACACCAACAACAUCUACAACAACAGCAACAUCAUGAACAACAACAUCAACAUCAACAACAACAUCAUCAACAGCAGCAGCAACAACAACAUCACCAACAUGAACAACAACAACAAACUUUGGCACCAGUUAUUCCAAAUGUAGUGCCCGCAAACAACCCAAUGAUGAAUAUUAUUGAUAUCAAUCAUCAACACCAACAACAUCAACAACAGCAACCAUCACAGUCUCACCACCCGCAGCAGGUACAGCAACAACAACAAGAGGUACAACCUCAACAACAGCAACAGGUACAACAACCUCAACAACAAGAGGUACAACAAUCUCAACAACAAGAAUCCCAUCAAUCACACCAAGAACAUAUCGAACAUUCAGAGGUACCAACGACUUUACCAUCGAGUCAAGUAGUAAACAAUGACAAUAUUGUAGAUCCAAGACAAAUUGAAAUAGCUUCGGUUGAACAACCAACAAUGACCGACAAUUCAACCAUUCAACCAACACAUUUAAAUUCUCAACAACAACAACCAACAACACAAAACCCUUUGGUUUUUGAAUCCAAUUCCACUUUACAAACACUUCAACCACCACAAUCUGAUGACUGCAUACCGCCAGCAAACACUACUACCACUACCACCACUACAGUAGUGGCUCAAGAUGAACAGGGAAUUCAUAUUCCAAUUUUGGAUAAUUCCGAACAACCAGUGCCAGAAGAACUUUCAAGUAGUGCUGAACACCAACACCAACAGCAGCAGCAACAACAACAACUACAACAAUCCUAA